AUGUCUCUCCUUACAAAAUCACUGUGCUUAGUCAGAUCUACGAAAUUAUCACCCGUUGUAUGUUCUAAGUUAAAUUCUUCAAAUGUUGCUAUACCACAGUUUGAAACAUUAGCUAUAUCUGUGCCUAAGAAGAAUGUUUUUCAUGUGGAAUUGAACCGUCCUAAACAAUUAAAUACCUUUAAUAAAAUUAUGUGGAAAGAAUUAAAUGACUGUUUUGCAUCUUUGAACAAUAACUCAGAAUGUAGAGUUAUUGUAUUAACUGGAAGUGGAAAACAUUUUACUGCAGGUAUUGAUUUCAACAGUCUUCUAGAAGAAGGACAAAAAGCUGAAGAAUAUGAUGAUGUGGCAAGAAAAGCGCGUGUUUUACAAAACUUAAUCAGUCAUUGUCAAGAUGGAAUAACUGCUUUAGAAGAUUGCUUAAAGCCCAUAUUGGCAGUAGUUCACAAUGCAUGUAUAGGAGCAGGUGUUGAUCUUAUCACAGCAGCUGAUAUGAGAUAUUGCACACAAGAAGCAUGGUUCCAAGUGAAAGAAGUAGAUUUAGGUCUGGCAGCUGACGUGGGCACUCUACAGAGACUACCCAAGGUAAUAGGUAACACGUCCAUAGUUAGAGAAUUAUGUUUCACCGCAAGGAAGAUGGAAGCGCAAGAAGCUUUAGAGCUUGGAUUAGUUAGCAAAGUGUUUAAAGAUAGAGAAAGUGCGGUGAAGGAAGUACUAGAAAUAGCUCAAACGAUUGCAUCUAAAAGUCCCGUCGCCGUACAGAUGACAAAGAAAUCUCUAGUUUAUUCUCAAAGUAGACCGAACAAAGAUGGACUGGAACAUAUUAAACUCAUCAACCAACUGAUGCUACAAAGCGAGGAUUUAAGAAAAGCAGCCAUGGCCCAAGCAACAAAGACACAAACAGAAUUUGAUGAUUUA